AUGUCGAUAACCAUUCCAGCUGAAGAAGAGAUAAAUGGUUCUACAUACUAUCAAAUAAAUGUAAAGCUCCCACUUCGCUCAUACACGAUUAAAAAACGAUAUUCCGACUUUGAUAACCUUGUGAAAACACUAUGUCACCACAUUGGAAUAAAUCGUAAAGAUUUUCCCUAUACGCUUCCUGCCAAAAGAAUUCAUUGGCUAAAUAAGAGUAAUGUCGUUGAGGAGCGGAAACAAGAGUUUACUCAUUUUUUGAAUAAUAUGUUACUGGAUCUGUCAUUGAGGAAUGAACCGGAGUUUCUUCUGUUUCUACAAUUACCCAAGAAUUUCAAGUUCCAACACCGACCGCAGAUUGAUGAAAACGGCGAAGGCGGUGAUCUGUGGUAUGAUGUAUAUAGAAGUUUAAAGAAUCAACUCUUGGAAGAGUUGAACAGUUUAAAGAGCGGAGAAGGCAAUACGAAUCCUGUAAGGUUGAAAGAGAGGAUCCACAAGAAUUAUCAACCUACCAUUAAUGAUUUGGCGAAUUCUGCUGCCGCGAAUAACAAUGAAAAUAAACAAGAAAUGAUGAAAAGAAAACUGUAUAUUAGUCAAGUUCAAAGCUUAGUCACUCAAAUUGAAAAUUUUAAAAAGCCAAGUUCCUGGGGUGAAACUGAUAGCAACGGCAAUAGCAAUGGUAAUGGUAGCCGAAGGAUCUUUGGUGGAAUGGGUGGAGGAUCUGCGCAUGUUAAGGAGACAGAUGAUACCAUUGCACUCACCAAUCAGGAACUUCUUCAGCACCAAUUACAAAUCCACCAAAACCAAGACAAAGAGAUUGAGCAACUACGAGUCUCGAUUGCUAAACAACGCCAGAUUGGAGAAGCAAUCAAUGCAGAAGUGGAAGAGCAAAACUCCAUUCUUGAUCAAUUUAAUGAAGAAGUGGAAAAUACCAGCGAUAAAGUUCAACAAGCAAGAAGACGGGCUAAAAAAAUAUUAUAA